UCAUUACCGAUUAGAUAAUUUUUCCAGUUGCGUGGUGUGCUACGAGUGGAUGGUAAUUAAAUUGUCCCGACCGUUCAAUUUCGGAUUACCUACUUAAAACUUAGAUACUUAUUCAAAUUCGGUGUUUUAUUCUUUAUUAUUUGAUAGACUCAAUUUUGAGUAAAAUGUUGCCUAAAUGUGUGCUCAAUGUUGCCAAAUGCGUGUCAGUAUUUUUAUUGGUCGCCUUAUCGUCAUCUAUGAGCAUCGAUUCUGAAAUUAAAAUUCCCUUACCAAAUCAAGCACAAAUUGAGGCAUGCGACCACCAUUUUUCAAACUGUGAAUAUUUUACAACUUAUCCCAGUGCAUACAUGGAAAAAUUGAUUAGGAAUAACUCAAUAAAAAAAGAAAUGCUGCUUGGAAGAGGGAUUAAGCUAAUGGACGAGACAAAUCUUCAAAACGAUCAAAACGAUGAGUUUACCCCAUUGUGCAAGAUUAUUAAACGCAUGUGGCAACCACAAGGGGCAAUAACCAAACAGGGAGAAUUCGUUUAUAUCGUUCAAAUGGAAGUAGAUGGUGAACAGUAUUAUCAAUCUGUAAAGGAUAUUAAAUGCGAAAGUAAGGGCGGACCUUGCGAAAAUGGUGAUGGGAAUUUAACGAUAAAUUCAAGUUCAUCGCAUGGUUUGGUAUGCCGUGAGAAUGAUGUGACAGCCGCUGUGGUUGGCGUAACUCCAAGGGGAAAGGUCGUACGUGCUGAAGUUGGGCAUUCCACCUGUUGCUCCUGUCGAAUGAAAGUGCUGUUGCCGAGUACAACAAAAAAAUCUCACUUUAAGGAAUUAAACGUAGGACGUACAUAGUUUACGUUAAUGAAUUUUCAAAUUUUAAUUUUAAUCAUUAUUUGUCGACUCAUGUAGAUGUCAGAAAUUCAAAAUGUUUUAUUCACGAAUAAAAAUAUGAAGUACCUACCUACACAA